CUAGAAGACUUAAUCCUUAGCUGCUGAAAAAAGAUCUCAGGAGUAAUCCCCAGAUCGUGUCAUCGUUAGUGGCUCACAAGAGGACAUGUCGGCACAUAUCUUUCCAGUCAUCGGCAACUUCCCCCGGGCCAAUCUGCAGUGCUCCAUCCACCCAUCUAUCCUCUCGUGCCGUCGUGCGUUGCCAAGCCGACCAGGGAGUGACGAAGCUACCAUGCUCGGCCUCCGCGGCCUCGUCGCCGCGCCCGCACCUGCCGCCGCAGCACCACCGAGGGGGCGGUGCAGCGCCGCCGCGCCGCCGGAGAAGGCCGGCCGGGUUUCCUUGGCCGUCCCCGCGGCCGCCGCGCUCUCGCUGGUCAUCUGGACCAGUCCAGCGAGCGCCGGCAUCCUGUCAGGUUUCUCGGGGUUGGAGUCGACGCCAGGCCCGGACCUGCCCCGGCUCGAGUUCCUGGAGAAAUGGAAUGCCGAGAACCAGAAGAAGUACGCCGAGUUCGACAACAGGUUCAAGAACUCCCAGGUGCUGAAGGACCUGCUCGAGAAGUCUAAGAAGAACAAGGAGAAGAACGAGAGGUUGAUCCAGGACAAGUACUGCCUGAGGGGCGCCGAGUGGGGCGUCGGGGACUGCUCCACGGAGGGCAUGUCAGAACAGGAGCGGGAGGAUUUCAUCUCGGAGCUCAAGAAGAAAACUGGAGCGGAAUAGCGAGCUGACUCAUCUCUAGCUGAUAAACGAGGAGGAGCACUUCGCCGGUCGCCGCUGCAAUGUUUGGGGAAUUGCCUUUUUUAUUACCAUGGGAGUUCUAGGAAGGCCGACGAAAUGUUCUUUCAGAGAGCACUAGGAGUAUCAAGAGAAUGUACACGACCAUCACGCGACCUCAAAAUUUAUUACAAUGUACAUGCACCAAGCGGAAUGCGCAUCUGCAGAAGCAAAUCACUAUUGCCACAAUAUCGCAAGUUCUUGAAA